AUGGGGUUUGGGGAAGAUGAAGAGUUAGUGGUGGGGUUGCCCAACAAAUCUAUUUUCAGAUACAAUUCCCCACUGGUUCAAGUAUGUUUGAUUGGCUUGGUAUGCUUCUAUUGUCCAGGCAUGUUCAAAGCCCUCUCCGGGAUGGGGGGAGGUGGGCAGGUGGACGCCACCGCCGCCAAUAACGCCAAUACCGCCCUCUACACCACCUUCGCCAUCUUCGGCGUCUUGGGUGGUGGCAUCUACAACAUCCUCGGGCCCCGCUUCACCCUCUUCGCCGGUUGCUCAACCUACGUCCUCUAUGCUAGCUCUUUUCUUUACUACAACCACUACCGGUACCAAGGUUUCGCCAUUGUCGUCGGUGCCAUCCUCGGAAUCGAAAGUGAGGUUGCAUCCGUGAACGACGGUACUUACAUUGGGUUCAUGUGCUUCAUGUCCGCUUGCACCGUCCUCACAUUGGCGAUCCUACACCUGAGCCACGUGGUUCGAGACGACGACAGCCACUAUACCAACAUCAAGUACUCCGAUGUGUCGACGGAGGCCGUCGAGAUUAUGAAGCUGUUCCGGAAUUGGAAGAUGAUGCUGAUGGUCCCGACGAACCCGUCCCGUCCCGAAAACACAUUUGGUACAAGGAUGGGAUCCCAUUAA